AUGGCUUCCACUUCUACAAUCUCGCAGGCCUGCGCUGUGUCGCUGCUGCUCCGGGGCUCCUGGCAGAAGGGGGAUUGCAGCGACACGGUGGCAGCGCUGGGCUGCAAGAAGAGCCUUUAUUUGAUGUGUCUAAGCUUCGUGUUGCCUCAGAGCUUUAUCGAUGGUGAUGCAGUUGGUGUCAAGGCUUGGGCGGGCACGAGCAAGUUACUGGACAGUUGCUGGUGGCGGGCGAAGCAAGGCCUCAGCACCCAGAUCAUGAGGCUCUCCCGCCUGGAUGCGCAGACCUCUGGCGUGCUCCCCGUGGCCUUGGCCCCGUGCGGCUCAGGCGUGACCAGUUGGUACCAGCUGCAGUUUGCUGCGCGAAAGGUUAGGAAGAAGUACCUCCUCCUGUGCUCGGGGAAGCCUCUGCCAGAUGGCGUGCAAGGCACCAUUGUUGCGCCCCUGGUCAGCGGCCCUUCCACUGAACAAUCUGCCAUGAAGUCUGUCUGGUCAUCAGCAGGGAAGGAGGCACGCACCGUUUACAAGGUGCUUCGCACCUUCACGCUGCCUCUGCAGACCUUGAUGCUGGUGCAAGCAGAGCCGCAGACCGGGCGGACCCACCAAAUCCGCGCGCACUUUGCGGGCAUCGGGCGCCCGAUCCUAUGCGACCGCACCUAUGGAGGCUUCGAUCCAUCCUGGUGCCCCCGCCUAUUCCUACACUGUCGUCAGGUCGCUUUGCAGGACGUGGCCGGUCGCCCUUUCGCAGCCGAGGCUCCACUGUCUGCGGAGCUCCAGGAGGCGCUGGGCCAUCUGCAGGACCUGGCUGCAGGCUGA